AUGGAUCACCAUCAAAAGAAAUCAGUUUUUGCCAAAGUGAAAGAAAAAGCAAAGAAACUCAGAUACACUCUAAGCCACAAGAAGAAGCACGGCGAAGACGAGAAUGCUACACCGUCGUGGGGGUAUAAUUUGGAUGAAAAUGAAGAGGAAGAGGAGGACCAUGUUGAUGCUGAAUAUUUAGGAGCCCCAAUGUAUGAAUCAGAGCUAGCACCAGAGGGCUGCAAAGAGAAUGCCAGGCAGCAUCCACGAGCCAAUCCUGUGAUUGCUGAGAAUCAUGUGUUAGCAAACAACAUAAAUCUUGCAUCAGGACAAGAUGAAAAACCUUUCAGCUCGUCGGAAAUGUCGUCUGAAAUGAUCGUCGAGUCGUCUCUUGGGAAUAUCAAAACAGGAACCGAAACUGCAGCUGCAAAUACUACCAUUAAGAGAAUACAAGAAAUGGAGGCUGCUAAACCUUCAAGUCCAAGCAAGACAUUGACAGAAGCUGUAACUGAGAAGUUGGCACCUGUUUAUUCCACUGUUACUGAUGCUACUCAUGCUCUUGCUUCAAAGAUCCAAAGCCUCACGUUCUCCGCUCCAUCGAACCCAAUGGCCAAUUCUUCACCGGCUACUCCACAAGACGCUUUUUCCCCAGCAACGCAGAAGAGGAGCUCUUCCCCAAUGGAUCCGCAAGCAUCAAGACUUGGUAAAGGAACUGAGCAGAUAUGGGACAAAGGAGAUUCAGUAAAGGAGUACCUGAUGCAGAAGUUUGAGCCAGGUGAAGACGAGAGAGCACUUUCUGAGGUGUUGUUCGAUGCGCUGAGUCCGGGGAAAAUGCCUGGAGAUGUAGAUUGA